CCGCCGUCAACUUCUGUCCAACCUCCGUCAUUCUCCGCGGUACUACAAUGACCUUCUCGCCGUUAACGUUAAAUCUCGUCAAAACAAUAAAAGCCCUCUCCCCUUCAACUCCAUUUUUUCAAACAUCAACCCCUACUUGUUCUUCACUAAAAUUCUUCAGAAACAAAAACACCCAAAAUUUCUUCCAUUAAUUCUUCACCAAAAACCCACUUCCGGAAUCGUAAUCUUUUCGAUUUUCUCCCCAAAUUUCAGGUUGUUUUUUGUUCUUCUGUGGGAGAUUGAUGACAACAAUUUCUUGUUAGGUUUUUGUGAAAAAAACAUUGUUGAAUCUUUUGUUUUUGUCGGGGGAUAUAAUUGUCUGCUGCAAGAGCUGAUGCUAAGUGUAUAGCAUGGACUCUCAUCAACUGUUUGGAUUUGGGGUUAGUAGAGCAGGUCUUUCAUAUACAUCUUCUUAUUCCCCUGUUCCUUCUUUACCUAGUACUUUGCUUGGACCCUUGAAAUUCAACUUAAGUAGUUCCCCGGGGUUGUCUCCGCUAUUUUCAUCGCAUUUUGAAUCGGAUUCCCUUACGACGACGACUGUGAGUGAUAGUCAGGAUCAAAGAAACUCCCCUGAUAAUCUCUCUGGACCUAGCGCUUCUUGCAAUUCGUCGUUUGAAACGAGUAGCUUUAAUCAAAUAGCCUCGCCUUAUUUGGAUCAUUGCGACGACGAGAGUCGACAAUUCUAUUCGGGGUCGAAUGUGUUUGCUUACAACGGAUGCUCGGCUGAGAACAUAAGCUACGCUUUGAAACAAUUGGAGAGUGUUCUGAUGGGGCCGGAUAAUGAGGAAGUUGUUAGCAAGCCUGAUGUUUCAUUGGAAAUGAGUGGCAGGCCACAGAUGAUGGGGCAGAGGUCCUACUCAUGGAGCCAAGAUCGACAUGGUAGGUCGUAUGUUGUUCAGUCUCAGACAUCGCCAGUGUCGAGAAGCCAGCAAUCUGAGGCAGUUCACUUGGGGAAACGGCAGAAAUCGAUGGAUGAAUCAAUGUUGAAGCAGGGAGGAUUGCCUUCGGAUAAUUUGAAGGAGUUGUUGAUUGCUUGUGCAAAAGCUUUAGCUGAAAACAGGAUGAUGGAUUUUGAUAACUUGGUAGCAACAGCAAGGGGUGCUGUGUCUAUCGGUGGAGAACCGAUCCAGCGUCUUGGCGCUUACAUGGUGGAAGGGUUGGUGGCGAGGAAAGAGGAAUCUGGAGCGAAUAUAUAUCGGGCUCUAAACUGUAGAGAGCCUGCAAGUGAUGAUUUGCUAUCUUAUAUGCAUAUGCUAUAUGAAAUCUGCCCUUAUUUGAAGUUCGGUUACAUGGCGGCGAAUGGGGCGAUUGCCGAAGCCUGUAGAAACGAAGACCGCAUCCACAUCAUAGACUUCCAGAUUACUCAGGGGACGCAGUGGUUAACUCUUCUUCAGGCACUUGCAGCAAGGCCUAGUGGGGCUCCCCAUGUGAGGAUAACUGGUAUCGAUGACCCUGUUUCUAAAUAUGCCCGUGGCGAUGGGUUGGAGGUUGUGGAGAGACGGUUGGCUGAAAUCUCAAUGAAGUAUGGAAUACCAGUGGAGUUUCAUGGAGUACCAGUUUUUGCUCUGAACAUCACGCGUGACAUGCUCGACAUCAGACCCGGGGAGGCUUUGGCUGUAAACUUCCCAUUGCAACUUCAUCAUACCCCGGACGAAAGUGUCGACGUGAACAAUCCACGUGAUGGUCUGCUGAGAAUGGUGAAGUCAUUAUCCCCAAAGGUAGUAACUUUGGUAGAGCAAGAAUCAAACACCAACACAACUCCUUUCUUCAAUAGGUUUGUGGAAACUUUAGAUUACUACUUGGCAAUCUUUGAGUCCAUUGAUGUCACUCUACCAAGGAACAACAAGAAGCGUAUCAACGUCGAGCAACAUUGUUUGGCGAAAGAUAUCGUUAAUGUCAUCGCUUGCGAGGGUAGGGAACGAGAAGAGCGCCAUGAGCUCUUCGGCAAGUGGAAAUCGAGGUUGACAAUGGCAGGAUUCCGCCAGUUCCCAUUGAGCUCUUAUGUCAACUCUGUCAUUAGGACCCUGCUCAGAUGUUAUUCGGAGCAUUACACGCUCGUUGAAAAGGAUGGAGCAAUGCUGCUGGGUUGGAAAAACAGGAACCUGAUUUCUGCAUCGGCCUGGUAUUAAGAACAUGGGAAUGCAGCAAAACGAAGACCGAGCUCAUGAGACUGGGGUAUCGGGGACUCAUCAGUGGCCUCACUCGGAUGUGGUACACAAGUGAAGCUGCUGCUAUAUCAACCAUUGAAUUGAACUGACAGACAUUCAAGUUAAUACUGUGCACAAGAUAAAUGAUGUCUGCUUUGUGUUUAUGUGUAAAAGUGUAACUGUUUUAAGGUCUUUAAAGCUUUUGGACAUAAGAAUCCGUUGUUAAGUAGUGUAAUUUUAUUUUUACAUAUUUAUUUUUUGGACUUUCAAUGGUGAAAGUUGUAGAAGAAAUAGUUGUAUUUGAAGAUGGAAUAUAUACCUUUAAAAUCAAGCAGUGUUGAUCAGGGGAAAAAAAUUAUUUGCAUCUGAUUAACAAGAAA